AUGUUCUCGCCAUUCAUUCUACAAUUCUUACUUCUAUUUUCAUUUUUGAAUUAUACUAUUCUCCAGCCUACGAAUUCAUCAUCAUUACAUUGGAAUUAUCAACGAGAAGGACCUGAUACAUGGCAACAUACAUUUAAUACAUGUAAAGGUAGAGCUCAAUCUCCUAUAAACAUUCGAACAUCGCGUGUUAAAUAUGAUCCAAAUCUUAGUCCACUUUCUUUAAAUGGUUUUACGACAAAUGCAUCUUCAUAUGUAUGGAAUUUUACGCAUAAUGGACACACCAUAAUUGUAUAUCCACCAGCAUCAGCAAACUUUUCAAUAAGUGGCGCUAAUUUACCAGAAAGUUUUUCUUUAGUUCAAUUUCAUUUUCACUGGGGUUACAAUGCUUAUCAAGGUUCUGAACAUACAAUUGAUGGAAUAAAAUAUCCUUUAGAAAUACAUUUUGUACAUCAAGCUCAUUUUUCAGGUGCUUUAGCUGUUCUUGGUAUACUUUUCGAAUUACAACAUGAUGAUAAUCCAUAUAUCCAUGACUUAUUAUCAAUUCUAAAACAAACUACAAAUAUAUCCAUAUCUAUUGAAAAGCAAAUCGAUAUAACUCCUCUGUUUCCUACACUUUCAUCACAUCGUUUUUAUCGUUAUCAUGGUUCAUUAACUACUCCACCAUGUACAGAAGGUAUUACUUGGAUAAUAUUAGCAUCGACUGUACCAAUUUCAGCAUACCAAUUAGAAGUAUUUGCUAGUAAUUCUGUGCCAUGGAAUUUUCGACAGCCUCAAAAGUUGUAUUCACGUAAAGUUUUAACUAACUUUCAACCUGAAAAACAUGAAAAUCUUCAAGAUGAAGAAGAUGAGAGUAUUCAUGGUUCUUCAGUACGUGUUCAAGAAGUGUCAAGACUUCUCUUAUCAUUUGUUCUGUUUGUAUUUCUGCUUGAAUAA